AUGAAAGAAUUUGGCAAAGAGCUCUUCAUCCCCUCAAUAACAGUGUUCGUGUUGUUGAUGGUGCAGGAAGGUGAUUAAGGAACAGGGAAAUCGUUUCUGACUAUCAUGGUGCCUGUUUACAUUCCCUCUUCCUUUGUUGGCUUAUGCAGACAGUUGUUAGUAGAAUAUGUUCAUGAGAAGACGAAUAAAUACAGAGAUCUAUAUAAAAUUAUGGGCAUGAAGUUGCAAAAUUAUAGGAUAGCUUGGUUUAUUACAUAUAUAAUUAAAAGUGUAAUCAUAGGCUUGAUGAUACCCUUAACUUUGCUGUAUAAAAUGAAUUUCCAACAAUCACUUGAAAUAGUGUUUUGCUUUAUGUUAUUUAUUUUGGCAUAAGUUGGACAGACCUUGUUGUUGUCUACUUUCUUCAGCAACUCCCAAUUGGCUGGGGAAUUCGGAUCCUUCUUUUAGACAAUCCUAUCUACAUUCUACUUUGCACCUUUAUAUUAAAUGGAAUACUUAGUGUACAUUUGUCCAUAAUCAAUCAUUUCAUUUUACCUGAUGAAUAAGCUUAAUGGCAGCAAUGUAGAGAGUGUCACUAGUUAUUGUAUUCUGAGUUUAUCAGUACAUCUAGUAGCCUAUUAUUUUUUGUUUAAUUUUUUGGAAGAAUAAUGCAUGAAGGCAGGGAGAUGCUUUUGGACAAGAAGGAGUAAAACAGAUUAUGUCUAAUUGGAGGAUCAAAUGGAGAUGAGAAGAUAAUAUGAUGAGGAGGGAUUAGCCUUUACAUCGGUUGAAAUUGUGAAAUUGUUUAAGUAAUAUGGAGAUGUGGUGGCAGUUGACAAUUUGAAUCUCAAGAUCUACUCUCAAUAAAUCCUUUGUAUUUUGGGAUAGAAUGGAGCUGGCAAAACUACUACUCUUAACAUACUGACAGGAUUGCUUGAGAAAACUAGCGGCAAGAUAUUAUAUUUUGGUAAGACCUUUGAAAAGAAAAGAGAUGAAAUUCAAAAACUAAUUGGUUUCUGUCCUUAAGAGAACUUACUGUAUGAUCAACUGACUGUCUAUGAAUCAUUGCAAUAUUAAUGUAUGAUGAGAGGCACAGAUUCCUCUUCUGAAAUUGAGAGGUGGUUGAAUCUGAUGCAAUUAUAACAGUACUCCAAUUACAAGACACAUGAAUUGAGUGGUGGGAAUAAACGCAAGUUACAAAUUGCCUUGGCUUUGGUGGGGGGCUCUUAAAUUAUAUUUCUUGAUGAACCCACUGCUAGCAUUGAUCCUGAGUCCAGAAGACAAAUCUGGUAGAUAUUGAAGGAUAUCAAACAAAUCAAUAAGACUCUUAUUUUGACUACUCAUUUCUUAGAUGAAGCUGAGGAAUUGGCUGAUCGUAUUGCCAUCAUGAAACAAGGUUAAAUCAAAAUUUAUGGAUCUCCUGAAAACAUCAAAAAGGAAUUGGAAGUAGGAUUCACUUUGACUUUUGGGAACAUUCAAUCCUCAGAAUAGCAAUCACAAAUUAAACAAUUGUUUUACGAAUUGGAAUGUUCAAGUGGAUCCUAACUUGAAUAUGACAACAUUAAAUACAUACUCAAUUAAAAUCAACUGUUUUCAAUUGUAGAGAAAGUGUAUGAAUUGAGCAAAACCUAAAAUAUUAAAAUCUAGCUAGUUUAGAACACCUUAGAAGCAGCCUAUCUAAAAUUAAACAAAGACCACUUGGAGGAUGAUAAAAUAAUCAAGGAGUACUCAUUCCCAAUAAAAUCUACCCAUGAUAUCAAAACCAAGUAAUUACUUCAAAUUUCUGCCUUGCUCUAAAAGAAGUAUUAUGUUCUCAAAAGGAACUUCACGUUGUAAUUGAUGUUGAUCUUGCCCAUGCUUAUCUUGUUACUUGCUUAUCUUUUUGGAUAUCAUUUAUUGUAAGGCGAAACCUAGAUUUAAGUAUUUGUCUCUAUUUUUAUAUCACAAUCAUUCAGCCUUAAUUCAUCGAUAUUCAUAAAUACACCCAUCCUUGAAAGAGAACUCAAAAUUAGACAACAAUUAAAACAAAUGAGGAUGUCCCAAUUUACAUACAUUUUUGGCACAUUCCUUGGAGAUUACCUUAUUAUAUUGAUUGUAAUUACAUUCAUCUACGCUCUAUCACUCCAAGUUGAGAUGCUCCUUAGUUCAGAAUAGUUGUUGAUUAUCCUAGGCCUAUUCGGAUUAUCAGUGAUUUCAUUCUCAUACGCAGCAUCCUUCAUGUUCAGUUCUAAUCAAAGUGCUAUCAAGAUAUUCCCUGUUAUUAACUUUUUAUUUGGCUAUCUCCUACCUUCAAUGAUAGAUCUUCAACUUCAAAAUCAACUUAGGGAAGUAUUUACUUACAUGUUCCCUCUCUAUGCCUUGAACUUGGCAUUGAGGGAUAUUAGCCAAGAUUAUUCCGUAUAUUUUAUAGCCUAAUUCAUCUUUUACAUGUUCAUCUAUUAAACCUUAGAAAAACACUUUGUUUUAUUUGAAAAUAGAUAGGAUUUAUAGGACAGGAACAAUAAGUUGUUGAUUCAAAACAUUCAAUUUGGAUAUAAUCAAAAUAAACAAGUAUUGAAGUAAAUCGAUCUGUAAUUGUUUCCCUAAAAGAUAUUGACACUGCUCGGUCCUAAUGGAGCUGGCAAAACCACACUCAUUCAAUUAAUCACUGACUGUCUCAAGUCUAAUUGGGGUAGCAUUAUGUACAACGAAAAUACAAUUAUUUCAUCUUGUCAACAAUCAGAAGGUCUAUGGGAAGAUCUGACAGCAGAGGAAAUCCUGCAUUUAUAUGCCAAGAUUAAAGGGAGUAUUAGGAAUGUGAAAAAUGAAGUUUCAUAGAUCUUAAGGAUCCUAUCCAUCAAGGGUAAAAUAGUGAAUAUGUCUGGGGGUCAGAAGAGGAAGGUUGCUUUGGCGAUUAGUCUCAUUGGAGAUAGUGGUAUAAUCAUUCUUGACGAGCCAUCCAAUGGUCUUGAUCCUAUUUCAAGAAGAAAUCUCUAAAACAUGAUCUAAGCCCAUGUGCAAAAACGAAAUAGUUCUAUCAUUCUGACUACUCAUGAUAUGGAUGAGGCUCAGUAUUUAAGUGAUAGCAUAGGCUUCAUCAUCAAUGGAUCAUAGCCCUUUCCUUAAUAGAGCACUGCCUAAUUAAUUGAAUAAUAUGGUAGUGGGAUCUUACUAACCAUUCGAGCUAAAAAUAAAGAUGCUCUAGAUUAAAUAAUCUUGGCUUUCCCAAAACAUCAAAAAGAAGGAUUAUUGAUAGUCAUAAAAUUGGGGAAUGAUUAUGAUGUCCCUACCACAAUUAGGAUUCUGAAAAAUUUAUGUUAAGAAGAUUUGAUUGCAUCAUUUUCUAUUAAAUAGGCGAAUCUGGAAUAGGUUUUCUUGAGACAAUGCCGAAAAUAAUAUAAUGAAGAUUGA